GUUUGUUUGUUUGUUUUUUUCUAAAAAAGAAAAAAAAAAGUGCUGAAUAUAGAGGUGUUGUUUUUGCUGAGUGUGCACGGCGACCGCUGCCGCCGCCGCCGCCGCCGCUGCCAUGCCGUCACAGCGCGGGCUGUUGCCGCUCUGUCCCGGCGUGCGCUGCCGCUGCGCUGUCCCGGUCAGCCGGACUCGCCGCCGUUUAAAGGGCACCGGGCUGGUAGUGCUGAAUCAUCACGAUCCAGUCGUCGUCCAGACCCAGAACAUGCUCUUCGGAGACCGGCUCGGCCACUCGCCCGACCGGCGCUUUCACAAUAACACAGACAAAGGGGGGUGUACGCUGUGUACGGCUGUCAAAAAAAAAAAAAAGGAGCCAUGUGUCGGAAUUAGAAAGCCGAGCGGGGAGUCCGAGAGCGGCUCUCUCUCUCUCUCUCUCUGUGCGGUUGGUACGGUCGGGGAUUCCCUUGUGUUGUGGCAGCUACAUAUCUAGAUAUUUAGAUACUGUGAAAGUAAGAAGAGCCAGGAGGGAAACAUUAACGUGGAGUAACAACUUAGGACGGCAGAAACCUUUCGACAACAACGCUAGCUGUCCUCUCUCUCUCUCUCCGGGGUGCUGAAGCGGCAGCAGCGGUGGACACAGACAGGAAGCCACCCCGCUGUCGCUUCACUAAUUCACUCGUCUGUUUGCCUCUUCACAGGUCUGUUCAGAAGAGCAAGGCUCUUGUGGCAUGACGACGACUAACAAAGGAAAUAAAGCCUUGAAGGUGAAGCGUGAGCCGGGGGAGAAUGGCACCAGCCUCACAGACGAGGAGCUGGUGACCAUGUCAGUGAGGGAGCUGAACCAGCACCUCCGAGGGCUCUCCAAAGAGGAGAUCCUGCAAUUGAAACAACGGCGGCGCACCCUGAAGAACCGGGGCUACGCCGCCAGCUGUCGGGUGAAGCGGGUCACCCAGAAGGAGGAGCUGGAGAAGCAGAAGGCCCAGCUGCAGCAGGAGGUGGACAAACUGGCCAAUGAGAAUGCUUCGAUGCGCGUUGAGCUGGACGCUCUGAGGUCUAAGUACGAGGCGUUACAGACGUUCGCCAGGACUGUGGCACGGAGCCCCACUGUCGGGGUCGGGGUUAGGGCUGGAGGAGGAGGAGGCGGGGGAGGGGUGCCAUCAUCAGUCAUUGGUCCACUCAUACCGGGGAAGGUGGCAACAGCGACGAGCGUGAUUACAAUAGUGAAGUCAAAAACAGACGCACGGUCUUGAGGGAGGGAAAGAUAGAUGAGGGUGGAGUAGAGCUGCAGCAGAGUAAUUCUUCUUCUCUGCCAACCACCUCUCCUCCACCUGCACUGACUUCAAACAGCUGGGCAGUCUCGAUCACAUCGCCUCAGCCUGUUCCCGUCACCUGUCUCAGAUCAGUGCAGGUGAAGGAAAGGAUGGAAGCAGAGGAAGUUCAUUGAGACUAUAAAGACAGCCUUUGGUCAGCGCAUGAUCAUUUAGCACAGCACAGGACAGGGUCACUGAAAGUCAAAGAAUUUGAGAUUAGUUUUGUUCCAGGACAGGGGGGUAAAAAAAAAAUCAAAAAACAUAAACACUUUGGAAAAAUCAUCCAAUUUUGUUCAGUUGCCGUUUAAGUCAGUCAAGUGAGUUUUACUGCUGGUAGAUCUCUAGAUAUCUGUAAGUGCAUAAAAAUCCCAUCACACAUUUGCACACUAGAUUUGAAGUGGUCAUUAACAUUUAAGUUCGCUACAUCAACAAAAAUAUAAGACGGUAUUAACGUGUUAGUUACAGGAAAGUCAUUGGAUUGGAUUGACACAAACAAUACUGGGUCCCUGAGCUCCAAAAGAAUACACAAUAAGAUUUCAUGUGACCUGCAGAGAAGUCCCCAUCUUGCUCCACCCAGCCAAGAACUUUUUCAGAAAAGUAUUAUAGAAAACUAUAUAUUACACAAUGGUGGUAACUGUAUUUCUACUGUUUUGUACUGUGUUGUCAUUCACAUGAGGUCCAAAGUGUAUUCUCUGUGUGUCAAUUGUUAUAUAUCAGGAAUUCUGUGAAAUUCUGUGGCGCGUGUUCGUUUUGGUAUUGCUAUAUUUAGUUAGCUGUAUUUUUUGUACGGUCUCUUCACUUUCUAUGUCCUACUCUCUCUCUCUCUCUCUCUCUCUCUCUCUCUCUCUCUCUAUCUCUUCUUUCUCUAUCCUUCCAUUUUCAAUUCCAACUGGUUUCCAGUUAUUACACACAGUACUUCCUGGAUCUAACAGAAAGAGAGGGGAAAAGGCAAUUGAUAUUUACCAAAAAACAAACAAACAAAAAAAACACACAACAUACUAGAGAAAAGGAGAUUACUGACUUUAUCUCGGUUUGUAGGGAUUUUCAGGGAAACGGUCGUUUGAACACCAGAACUGAAUUAAGAUAAAGUCUGUUUGAGUAUAUUCAAGAAAAUUGGAAGGGCAAGUGCCUUGGUCUCCUAAUGAUAUGCUUCAAGAAGAAGUCAAGGGGACAUGAGGAACUGUGGAGAUUCAAUGCAGGUCUUUGCUUAUACCUGUGCUUAAUGGGAUACACUGACCAAUCAGGAAUCAGGUUGUGGCAGCAUUUAACUCUCGCUGUGCAUUGUUGUAUGAGCUGUGUAGUUCCCAUCAGGAUUAAUAAUAAUAUUAAUAACACCCAUUUAUGUGACUUGGCAGUUUAUUUACUUAAAGAAAAAAACAAAACAAAAACAUCCCUGUUUGCUUUGCAGACUAUGUUUUUUGACGUGGUAAUGAAAUGGUUUAUCUUGUCAUGUUUUAUGUUGGUUCACGUGUGAAUUCGACUCUGAAAUCUAGGUUGUUACACCCACAGUGAAAUCUUUUUCUUCAAAUCAAAGUGAUUUUCAUUGCAUUCCUCUUGCCUUUCAACCACAAAGCUCACUUUGCAAAUGUGCAAACGUGAUCACUGACAGUGCAGUCAGCUAGCUAGAAGAUAUUUCUCUGAAUUUCCAGUCACACAAAUGGGAUGUCACUUCACUCGAGUUUUACCAUAAAAGUAGUUAUAUGUGGUGUUGUAUACUCAAAGAAUCUUUGUCUAUGUAUGGUAGAGUCUGGAAUUUUAUAAAGACAAUUAUCUUUGCAUUGUUUGUAACGAAAGGUAUUGAUAUACAGUAUCUCUCUAUUUUGCAAUUGUACCAAAAGUGGCUUAACUACUGAAUAGCUUUGUUUUUUCUCUAGUGACUAGGCACGUGUGUGUAACUGUGAACUAGCGUGUGGUGUGCUGUAUAGGUAUGUGACGAGGUAACUAUAACGUUCAGUCUUUCAUGGAUAUGACUUUGAUCCUUGUUUGAUUUCAGGCCGAAGCGGGUGAUGACACCGUGGGUAACUGCACUCUUUCUCUAAUCAUAAAAUCUUUGUCCUCCCGGCCCCAUCACUCGGCUCCAGCACUUGCAGACGUGUCAGAUUGUGUGUUUAUCCGCUCCCAAACUGCACUUGUGAUUUGUACAUUUUAAGUUCACUUCGGCAGACCCAUUUUUGCCUCCUCGCAGCGUUCAAAGCUAGUUAUUGUAGAUAAAAUGGCCGAUGAGACGUGGACAUGUUAUGGUUAACCUCACAAGCUUCAUGAUAUUGUGUAUUCAGGUCAUCUGGCGAGGUAACAGGUGUGAAACUCAACAAUGGGGCCUACAUGGCUGCAUCACCCCUAGUUAUUUUUGUAGUGUGUGAUAAAGGUACUUGUUUUUGCUGUGUACAUUUUAUAUAGUUAUGUAGAUAUAAUGUUGUUUCUGUUUUGUUGUUUGUUUUUGGAACUGUCCUGUAAGUGUCAGGAAAGUGAAGCAAUUUAUGUAUUUGGUGUUUUAUGAACUGAAAAAACGUAUCCUGCUAUUUAAUGGUCUGUCUGUCAAAGAGUUAGGUUUACCUUAUAAAGUACAAUUGCCUCAAACUUUUUAUUUUUUUUCAAGGAAUGAAACGCUGAUUUAAAUUGAGUCAUUUACUGAAAUAGAAACAAUUUACAAUAAUAAUAAUAAUAAAAAAAACAGUACAUACAUGCAGCCUUUUACCCGCACCACUACUUUUCCACUGUGAAGAAAAAGGGGUUAGCUAGCCUACUGCUGUGCAGUUAUUAAGAUAAGCAAGGCAUGUCUUCAUCUGUCCUUUUAAUAUAAAAUAAAAUUCAAAUAGGCAAACAAUAAGCAAAAGGCAUUGGAAGGGUUUGAGGUUUUAAAAUCUUAUUUAUUCAUUAUUUUUACACUGAUAACCAUUUGCACGUUCAGUCAACUGUGAAAUCAGCGCUACAAAUGUCAAAUGAAAAUGUCUGAUACAUUAUCACAGGACUCCAUGGUAUCUAGCUACAAGCAAAUAUUAGGUAUCGCACCCAGUAUAUUUAUGUAUGUGCUCUUAUUUGAAAAAAAAUAUGUCCUGUUUCAAAAUGCAAUUGUUUUUUUUUUUUACUGGAUUUUUUUUAUAUAUACAUUUCUUCUGUCAGUCUGUUACUUCUCGUCUGUCUUCGCUUGUUGAGUGAUGUUUUUUUUGCUGGCACGAUGGUAUAAAAUAGGAAGAAACACGAUUUCUGCUAAGAUGUGUCAAGUUGAAGCAAAAUAUGAAACUUCUCAGUGCUUGUCAAACUGUAUGUACUGUGUGUGCCACUGUAAAACAACAUGUUUCCACCUAGUCUGUAUUUUUAUGCUCCUCUUGUUUAAAAAUGAUACAUACUGUGUAAACAUAAAUGUGUUAACAUAGUUCAUGCUGUCUAAUAGACAUCUCUAAUUAUGCAAACCGUGUAGGGCAAAAUUAGACCUCCUGCCACACAGGAGCGGUGAUGCUGUCGUAGUCGUUGUGUCAAAUUGUCUGUUUGUAUAAUUGCAGUUACGGUGUGAUGUGACGACGUUUUAAGAGCUUAUAUACAGAGUGUUUAGCAGUUUAUACUCGGUUCUAAAUGCCAGCGCCAGUUUGUCUAUGUUUAAGUCUGUGUUGCUUUUUCAACGUGGCUUAACAAUUAACUGUGAAAACAUCAAAUCAAAAAUAUGUUUUAUCCAUUUACAAUUGAGAAAAGACUGAAUGCAAAAUAUACUAUAGCUGUCACAUAAAGCCUGCAGUCGAACUGAAGAAUAUGUUUGUCUUCCAGACUUGAUUUGGUUAUAGUCGGGUUGGUGUUAGGUAUCUGAUGAUCGAAAUGAGGUGAAACAUUGUAAUUUCUUUCUGAUUUUCAGGCAGCAGGCAUGAUCAGCUGACAAUAGUGACCUUUUGUGAUCAUCUGACAGGGCAGCUUGACUUGGUUAUAAGCUCUUACAUUUGCAUAACCGAAUUUGAGAGCUUAUUAGAAACACUGACCUUAUUUUCUGUCUGUACAGGGGUUAUGACCUCCUUAUGGAAAGACAUUUCAUCAUAAACUCGAGCGACUGCUCCUAAACCACAUAUAUAAAUAAUUUACAGAGGCAGAAAGGAGUGGUGGAGACAUGUCUGAUAAAACUUCGUCUUACUUAAAACCACGUCCCACUCCACUUAUCCUAUCCCUUUUUAGUGUCAGAGUUAACUCAGCGGGCUUCAUGCCGUUCUUCAAAACAUCCAAUUCUUUCUCGAAGAUGGAAAUCAUUAACUCUUAUCUUGAUGCUUGGCCAAUCGGUAUGUAGUCAUUCAGUUGUUUUUCUUGUCUAGUGAAUCACGCCACCGGACUCUAAAAGCCCUUUCACCCACCUCCAAUGCCGAUCGAUGAGAGCAAAUGAACCAAGGAUUCCUUUGAUCGUUUGUUUGGUGUUUUAAUCAAUAAUAAUGUUUGCUUUGCUUUCCAAGUUACCCCACCUUCCAUCUGCUGCUCUCUCUUAUUCUCUCUGCUGCCCCUGCUCUUAUCAGUUAGUCAUUCAGUCUGAAACAUAACAGUUUUACCCAGAAUUUAAGUAUCAGAUCACACUUACUUUUAUUUUUUGGCUUUUUGUUUGUAUCUUACACCUGAACCCCCCUGUUUACCCCCUCCUCCAUCAAACCACACGUGUCUGCUGGUGAGCAUUCGGCCAAGUUACUAAUGGGAGCUGGGAUAUAUUUUGUGUUUCUAAAAGUAUAUAAUAAUGGUCAGUUUAAAGCUAUAGAGAUGUAGUGAGUUUGUGUGAAUAUGGCGUAGCCUAUUCAGAAAAGCCCUUGUAAUAGAAAAAUCUGUGUUUUGUAAUAUUUCUGUAUGGGGUGUAAUAAAUUAUUCUAUGACA